UGCGCGCGUGCGUAUGUGUGGAUCUGCCUCCCGUCUCCCCAAACUUCCCUCCAGAAGCCCCCUCAGUCCCGCGCUGCUCUCCUUCAGGUCCGGUGCGCGCGAGGAGACUCCAAAAAGACUCCACACACCCUCUGUCACACACAGUCGCUCGCUUGCUCACUCGCCCGCGCGCACGCUCGCUUUCUCUGUCUCUCUUUCUUUCUCUCUCCCUCAGUUGCGCGCGCGCACACACACACACACAUACAAACACAGACACACACACACAAACCCUCCGCCCCGCGCGCACUCACUCACACACACACACACACACACACCAUUCACACGCCGAUGAGGACCGCGUCGCUCGCGCUCCUGGCCCUGGCUGGGCUGUGUUUGGCUGCGGCUGUGGCUCGCGCUGGCGCGCAGGGCUCUAGCCCUGACCCGUGUUAUGACGAGCACGGGGCCGCGCGCCGCUGCAUCCCGGACUUCGUGAACGCGGCGUUCGGCAAGGAGGUGCGCGCCUCGAGCACGUGCGGUCUGAAGGGUCCCAGCCGCUACUGCGCGCAAGACAAGGGCGAGGAGGGCGCGCGCACCUGCCACACGUGCGACGCCUCGGACCCCAAGCGCGCGCACCCGGGCUCGUACCUGACCGACCUCAACAACCCGCACAACCUGACUUGCUGGCAGUCGGAGACCGGGGUUCAGGCGCUGCAGGGUAACGUCACUCUCACCCUCUCACUGGGCAAGAAAUUCGAGGUGACCUACGUCAGUGUCCAGUUCUGCUCCAAGCGGCCCGACUCCAUGGCCAUCUUCAAGUCCAUGGACUACGGCAAGACCUGGGUCCCGUUCCAGUUCUACUCCACGCAGUGCCGCAAGGUGUUCAACAGACCAAACCGGGCAGCCAUCACCAAGCAGAACGAGCAGGAGGCCGUGUGCACGGAUGCCCACGCAGAUGGGCGCCCGCUGUCUGGUGGCUUGGUGGCCUUCAGCACCCUGGACGGACGCCCCUCGGCCCACGACUUCGACAACUCUCCGGUACUGCAGGACUGGGUCACGGCCACUGAUGUCAGGGUGACCUUCAGCCGCUUAACUGCCCCCGGAGAGCCGGACGAGGAUGAGGACUCCCUUUUCUACGCCGUGUCUGACCUGCAGGUGGGAGGCCGCUGCAAGUGCAACGGGCACGCGUCACGCUGCGUGAAGGAGCGCGACACUGGAGGACUGGUGUGUGACUGCAAGCACAAUACAGCCGGACCUGAGUGUGACCGCUGCAAACCCUUCCAUUACGACAGGCCGUGGCAGCGGGCCACUGCUAGGGAGGCACACGAGUGUGUGGCCUGUAACUGUAACUUGCACGCCCGCCGCUGCCGCUUUAACAUGGAGCUCUACAAGCUGUCAGGGAGGAAGAGCGGAGGAGUCUGCCUCAACUGCCGCCACAACACUGCGGGACGCCACUGCCAUUACUGCAAAGAGGGCUACUAUAGAGAUCUGUCCAAACCCAUUUCCCACAGAAAAGCCUGUAAAGCCUGUGAUUGCCAUCCCGUGGGCGCCGCGGGCAAAACCUGUAACCAAACCACAGGCCAGUGCCCAUGUAAAGACGGUGUGACCGGUAUCACAUGCAACCGCUGUGCUAAGGGCUACCAGCAGAGCCGCUCGCCCAUUGCCCCCUGCAUAAAAAUUCCAGUUGCACCUCCAACGACCACGGCGAGCAGCCCGGAGGAACCAGCAGACUGCGACUCCUACUGCAAGGCAUCCAAAGGAAAGCUGAAGAUCAACAUGAAGAAGUACUGUAAGAAAGAUUAUGCCGUACAGGUGCACAUCCUGAAGUCGGACAAGGCUGGAGAGUGGUGGAAGUUCACGGUCAACAUCAUCUCCGUCUACAAGCAGGGCGAGAGCCGAAUCCGCCGAGGCGACCAGCUGCUGUGGGUGAGGGCUAAAGACGUGGCCUGUAAAUGCCCCAAAAUCAAAACGGGCAAGAAAUACCUUCUGCUGGGUAACGACGAGGAUUCCCCCGGCCAGAGCGGCGUGGUGGCGGAUAAGGGCAGUCUGGUCAUUCAGUGGAGAGACACAUGGGCCCGAAGAUUGCGAAAGUUUCAGCAGCGCGAGAAGAAAGGCAAAUGCAAGAAGGCAUAGGGAGGAGUGUCGGGGUCAAAGAGAUUACCAUCCAGAACUGGACACAGAAACAGAGGAGCCACGGGGAAGAAGAGAGGGAGUGGGGGAUGAUGAACGAGGGAUGAGGGACUGAGCGCUGCUGCUUUGGGCCGAGGGUUAAAGAGAAAGAGCGUUUCUGUGAACGGGAGCUGUUGUGAAGGUGCUCAGCCUGCAGGUUUUAUUUGUUAGUCAGUGCAGUACAUCUCCAUUUUGAUAAAAAAAAGAAUAAAUAACGAUAAGAAACACAAUUUAUAGACUAUCAAACAAGACCUGAGGAGAGCUCUCAGAAAUACAGAUUUUUUUAAAAUGUAUUACAACAUACAUAUCAUUCUUUAGGAUUUAUAAAAAGCUCAAAAUUGAUCAGACAGGAAUUCUGUUCCAGUCUUUCAGUGUUAGAUAAUGUUCCACAUCCAAAAAGUGUUUUUGUUCAUUAUCCACAUUUUAAAAGGUAUAAUCUAAAAAAAAAAAAAAAAAAAAAAAAAAAACAGAUUAAAAAAUAUGCAUAAUCUGCCAAAAGACUGAAUGUUCUGUAGCGGCAGCUGUGCUAAACAGUAUUCCACAUCCCACCAUCACCCAAUAUUCCUUUUAAAUGUGGAAAACAGUGUAAAAAUGUACAGUAUAAAAUGCAUGUUCAUUAUCUUGUUUAUUAACUGGUGAUUCCAUACGAUCUGAGAAACUGGUGCUGCUGUAUAAAACAAAACACAAUCUAGCUAUUUGAAUGUCUUUUGUUGGAUGGUCAGAAAAAAAAAGAAUGAACGAUAUCUGAGGUUUAGCUCAAAUGACGUUUACAAGAAUAACAUUGUAAAAUGUUGUAUUUUAUUUAGUUUAAAUUUCAUUUAAUGCUAAAAACAUCAUUUCCAUUGAAUAUUGGAAUCUUUUUAUUUGACGACACCCACAGAGUGCUCAGUUUUAAAACCAGGUCAUCCCACACAAUGCCUGUUUGGUGCUGUGGAGGUUUUAUAUGGUGGGAUUUCCAUAAUUAAGAGAUGUUUAGGCAAUAAGUUCCCUGUAGUCGAGCAUGAAAUGAGCAAUAUUUUGAAAUUAGUUAGCGUAUCAUUAUUGGGCUAAUUGAUUGUUUAAUAAAAAGGUAAUAAUGUAACUAUUGAGGCCAAUUUAUUCAACCAGCUGAUCAAAUAUUGUAAUUAUUUUUUUUUAUUUGCCCAGCAAGUAUUACAGAACAAUACAUUAUUUUUAUGAAUUUUAGUUUUUCAAAUAUAUAAAGUAACAAAACCAUCCCAAAUUGCCAUUAUUAUAUUUUUGAAUUAUACCAUUUUAAUUUAAUAAUCCUUUUUUAUAUUCAUAAAAACAAGACUGAAAUAAAUGAUUUUUCAGCUCCUCUUUUUAUAUUGUUUUACCCAAUAAAAAUAGACAAAUCAGAAAAGUCAACACACAACAGCCUUUUAAAUCUUGAAUGUAAUAACAAAUAGAAAAAUGGCAGUUCCAGCAGUGUGUGCCUGUUUAGAGUAGGUUUUCGUCUUAAUUACAUGUAUUUAGAACAUCUGAUCAUCUUUAACCCGAGUUUAAUCCACCAGUGAGGAUAUAUUUGGGGUGAGAAGUGCCGACCCAGUUCAUGUUUAGAGCUCAAAAUCAAACAUUUUCUGGGAAAAACGAGAGAAAAAAGCUCAAUUGCCUUGUUUUAUCCUUAGCUAAUCCUCCACAAAGCCCGCGCAGCAUCAGCACUGGAGCUUCUACAGAGCUUCAUUCCAGCAGAUCCUAUUUCACACACUGGGCGUCUGUGUGUGUAUGUGUGGUUUGUGUGUGUGAGAAGGUGCUGUGUUUAUUCUGAACGACGGAGAAUGCAUGAAUGAUCACUGCAGUUUUUGCUCUGUGUUCAUUCUUUCUAAAUGUACAUAGCGGCCGUUCAGCUCCAGCGUAUUAUAUUGUGCUGUUUGACCUUCAUAUAUUUAUACAUACGCUGCAUUUACACCCUACCUUUUACAUAAUACUCCUCAUCCCAGACACCUGUAAAUGUACUCAUUUAUUCUGGCACUCCGUUUAUAAAUCAGUCCACUCUUUAUUUCUAUAUUCAUUACUCAUAUGAUGUAAAUUUAAUUUCUUUUUUAAAGCGACAUCAAACAAAACACUGCUUUUUUUUGUUCAUACUAUGAAUUGUAAAUUUAAUAAGUCUGCAAUAUUGUUUUACGAUGUGUACUAAUAUAUUACGGUUAUUAUAUAUGGAAAUAUUUAAUGACACAGGACAUUGUGGGUUUUGUCUUUGUUUUUUGUUGUUUUUUUUUUUUUGUUUUACAGUCUGUGGUCGUUUAGAUUGUUGUGAUUAAACCAGAGAGGAAAAGUAACUACUGAACGCCAAUCUGGUCAGAUCUAAAUUAAGCAUUCAGCUGAAAUUAAAGCUUCUAUUUCACUACUGUUAGCAUCAUUCACUAUCAGAUCACUAUUAUGUGCUUCAAUCAUCACUGGUUUACACUUUUAUUUGAUUUGGUUGGAUUAAACACACUCUCAGUAUGAGGGGAUUUAAUAAAAACUCCCAACUGUGAAUAAGAA